GACCUAAUAUAAAAGGGCAAAUCUAGUGGGUUUGUAAUAAAGAUAUUUUUUAUUUCUACAUUUUACAUCUCAAAGGACUCACUCAUUCAUCUCAAAGAGUGUAAAGCAGACAUGUCUAGAGCAAGAAACAGUGAGGGGAAUGUGCUAAAGCGUGUGGCAAAACUGCCACUCGUCAGCUCAGCGCUGCAGCAGGCCUCUUCCAUCUACACGGGCGUGAAAGGUCGUUAUCUGCUGCUCGGGUUAGUGGGAGGCGUAGCAGAGCUGGGCGUCCGUAGUGCAUCCACAGCAGCCCUGAAACAAGCAGCACCUCUGCUACAGAACCUAGAACCAGAAAUCGAGGCAGUGAACAGUUUUGCACUGGUGGGUUUGGAGCAACUAGAGAAGCUUUUCCCAAUUCUCCAACAGCCUACAGAUGAGGUGGUUGCUAAUCUGAAGGACGCUUUCUUCUCGAGGCUAGAUGAUGCGCAGUCUCGAGUGAAUGAUGAGCUGGACAGAGCCGUGGACAGAUGGGAUAAACUGAUGCAGCUGAGCUGGCGCCUCCUGGCGGAAGCUCAAGACUCGGCUCCAGGGCGAGUGAUCACCGCGGGUCUGGAUGAGCUCAUCACUCAGUCAGAGGCGGCAGUGGCCAACUAUCUACCUCUGCCACCCACGCUGCGUCUCGAGUGGGAGAGAAGAGUGCAGAGCUAUGAAGAUGAAGAAGAUGAUGAUGAUGAAGAGCCUCGAAUGUGGACACGUAUCCGUAGCCUGUUGUUGUGCCUGUACUUUCAGCUGUACCACAGAUUGAUGAAGCUGAAAGAAAGACUGGACAGCGCUUUGCAGAUGCUGGGGGCAGCUGCCGAAACGGUGGGUCUAACGCAGUUGAUGGCGAUGGUGGAGUCCCUGCUGCAGCUGCUUCUGUCAUUUUACACGACUCAGGUGUAUCGCGUGGAGGAGCUGCGUUCUCUUCUCAUGGUUCAGCUCACAUCAGGUAUACAGGCACUGAAGGUUUUGCCCCCUGUACAGCAGAUACUGGCUCUGCCUACCCAGGUACGCACUAUCAUGAACGACCUACUGGAACUGGGACAGAUUCUCAUACAGCUUGUCAUCAACACCACCCCGCUCUAUGACCUGGUAAAACAGGUUUCUGAUCUCGAUGCAGCAAACAAUCCAGUUCCAGAUGAACUUCCUGAGAGUCCCUCCAGCCGUGCCUCUGCAAACAGCCUCUUCCUCAAGGCCAUGGACGGUCGCCCAUGUCGCCGCAGAAGCCUUUACGCCCGCUCCCGUCGCGGGUCUGCCAGCGGGCUUCCAUCAAGCCCAGCUCUCUCCCCAACUCCCACCCCAGUCCCAGCAAAUGGCCGCAAAGGCAGUUUGAAGCUAGAUUCCCAGCCCUCAGGCCCUCCAGAACAUGACACACUGGCUGUGCCCACCACCGAUAUGAUCCGCCGCCAUUCCUCAGCCACCGAGGUCCUGCUGGCUCCCAUUAUGCAGUUAGUUACACAGAGCCAACGGGCGUUCGAGUUUCUGAGCUCUGGCCCUUCAUCUGAAGAUCAGGUCAUACCUGUGGUGGAAACCACAGAACAUUAAGCUCCACUCUUCUCAAACAUAAGAUCUGAAUGUAAUCAGAGCAUUCAAACACACAUCGCUGCAGCUCACAGGCUGUUAUGGAUAGUACAGCAAACAUACCUUCAAACCACAAUCCAUACAGUGGCUUCUCUGGUAAACCUACAAAAACAAAUCUGGUUGGUAGAGACAGUGCAGUGACUAAUUAUUAAAUAACAUAAUUAGCCUAGCAUUCAGUAUGUGCAGAUGGUUUAAAAGCUCAAAUAAAGCACUGUACUUAAAAUGAAAUCAAAGUGCCGUUUGGGUAGGUAGUGUUUUUUUGCUUUGAAUGCCUGUUUCUAGAUGUUAGGACAAAGAAACAACUCAACAAGUGAGCAGAAAUGACAAGAGCACAAUUUUUUCUAUAUGUUAUUAUUGUUAGCAUGUAAUGCAUUUUGUUUAAACCAAAUAAAACUAUUUCUAUUCCUCAGCUUUCUUAGUUCUUAUACAUUAUAAGCAGUUUUUAAUCUAUAGACUGUCAAUGACUGAUAGAAUUGGUUUGACAUGCAGUCUGAGGUCACGGAUGUUCAAUUGAGAGGAGAGGAUAAGAUACUGUUAAUGUUACUUUGAUUAUUCAUGGGGCGUUUUAUGUUUCAAGAUCAAGGAUGUGUAGUUACCGAGUGGGAAACAUAAAGUGAAGUGUGUUAUACAUAGACAGGCAUGUACUGUCACUAACUGGUGUUAAAUGACUUGGUGGACAUUUAUAGCUAAA